UUGAAUGUUUGAAUGUUUGUUUAUCGAAAGUAAUCGUUUAUCAGAAAUGAGCGUCAUUUCCAAAAAAUCGAUAUUUCCAACCUUGACAUUUGAUACAUAAUGAUUCACAUUUACAAAUUCUAGCAAAUAUUACGAUAGUUGUCGGAACAGAAUCGUUCGCACAUUAUCGGAAUCAGACCUGUCUUUCAGUUUCCUGAAUCUCCUCUUGUAAUCUCCGUUGAAUCUGCCGUUUUCUCCAAAGUUUCAGGCUCUCAACUUCAACGGUUUUGAAAACCAAUUCCCUCACAGACCCAUUUAAUAUUUUCUGGCUUUCCAACUAACUUGAUAUUUCAAUCCUUCGCCACAAACCCAGAAACCUUUUAAGGAAGCUUGGAUUUACACAAGACAAGGGGUCUUUUUUCUCCUUGAGAGGAUAAGACUAUAACCUUAUCUGUAAAGUUUUUGGUUGAGAAUUAUUCUUUUCCGACCUGUUUUGGGCCCAUCAUUGCAACUAAUGACUACGCCCUGAGAAGCAGCAGAUCAAUGGCUGUUCUCAGAUUGUAGUGGUAUUGCUCUAUUUGGGGAUUGAAAUAUUGGAGGAAGAAAAUGUCUUUAAGGCAGCAUAAUAAUGUUGAACUCAACGGUGUUUCAGCUGUGGGUUCAGGAUGUUGCCUUUAUGAUCUUUUGUGUGCUGAAACUUCAAAUUUGCAAUCCCAAAAGAAUCAGCAGCUACCUUCAUCCGGUCCUCUAGAAAGGUUAGAGAAGUUGAUGCAUGAAGCCGGGAACAAGCAUUGUGCUGAUUGUGGGUCUCCAGAGCCAAAAUGGGUAUCUGCAAACAUUGGAGCAUUUAUUUGCAUAAAGUGUUCUGGCAUACAUAGAAGCCUAGGAGUCCAUAUAUCAAAGGUUCUAUCACUGAAGCUAGAUCAAUGGACAGAUGAUGAAGUUGAUGCGCUGGCAAAGUUGGGAGGAAAUAAAUCAGUAAACAAGAAGUAUGAAGCUUUCAUUCCUAGUUAUAUAAAAAAGCUAAAGCCAACUUCCUCCAUUGAGGAGCGUUCUGACUUUAUUAGGAGAAAAUACGAGUUGCUGCAAUUUAUGGGGUGUGAUGAACAAUUGUCUUGCCCCUUUAUGCCACAACAGAGCAGUUCCUCAUGUAUCAUGUCUCAUCUAGACAAGAAAAAUUAUAAUAAACAAGCAAACAAAAAUCGCAUUGGGAACACAUUUCGCAACAGCUGGGGAAGAAAAGAACCUGAUAUUAAUAAUAAGGCUUCAAAGAAGAGCAACUCAUUGGCAGGUAUGGUGGAAUUUGUUGGGUUGAUAAAGGUUAAUGUGGUUAAAGGCACUAACCUGGUAGUCCGAGAUGUAGUGACUAGUGAUCCUUAUGUCACUCUUUCUUUGGGCCACCAAUCGGUAAAGACACGAGUUAUAAAGAACAAUUUAAAUCCUGUCUGGAAUGAGAGCCUAAUGUUGUCAAUUCCUCACAACAUUCCUCCUCUUAAAGUGCAUGUGUAUGACAAAGAUACAUUCUCAACUGAUGAUUUCAUGGGAGAGGCUGAAAUAGACAUCCAGCCCCUACUCGCAGUUGCAAAGGCCUUUGAGAAAUCCAGAGCCAAUGAAUCCCUAGAGUUUGAAAAAUGGACGGCGAGUUUGGAAAACACGCUCGUUAAGGACGGCGUAAUCUCCCUCGAAGACGGGAAGAUCAGACAAGAAAUAUCUGUAAAGCUGCAGAAUGUGGAGAGAGGGGAGCUGGAAGUUGAGCUUGAGUGUCUUCCUCUCACUCAGUAGCUGAACUAAACUCUCAUUUUGGAGCCAUGUAUUGUAGGAGAUAGUCUUUUUCUUGUACAUCAUUCUUUAGAGAUUACUUUGUAGAAACAAUUGAAUGAAUUGUUAAUAGAUCUUGUUUGGCAUGGUUCUUAAGUUCACUC